AAUGAAAAUAACAGUGUAACUGACUUCAUACUGUUAGGAUUGACACAAGAUCCUGUGAGGCAGAAAAUGGUGUUUGUAAUCUUCUUCAUUUUCUAUGUGGGAACUGUGGUGGGGAAUUUGCUUAUUAUUGUGACCAUCAAGUCCAACCAGACGCUUGAGACCCCCAUGUACUUCUUCCUAUUUUACUUGUCCCUUGCUGAUUCGUGCUUUUCAACUUCCACGGCUCCAAGACUAAUUGUGAAUGCUCUCUCUGCCACAACAAUCAUAUCUUACAAUGAGUGCAUGACCCAAGUCUUUGCACUACAUUUAUUUGGCUGCAUGGAAAUCUUUGUCCUCAUACGCAUGGCCAUGGAUCGCUAUGUAGCCAUCUGUAAGCCCUUACAUUACCCAACUAUUAUGAGCGCGCAGGUCUGCAUCACCCUGAUUGUUCUUGCAUGGAUAGGGUCUUUUAUACAUUCUAUAGCUCAGAUUAUCCUGGCCUUGAGAUUGCCUUUCUGUGGACCCAAUUUGAUUGAUCAUUAUUGCUGUGAUUUGCAGCCCUUGCUGAAACUCGCAUGCAUGGACACUUAUUUAAUCAACCUGUUGUUGGUGUCUAACAGUGGGGCUAUUUGCUCAAGUAGUUUUGUGAUUCUGAUGACCUCAUACAUUGUUAUUUUGCAUUCACUGAGAAAUCACAGUGCAGAAGGGAGGAACAAAGCUCUCUCCACUUGCACUUCCCACAUCAUUGUAGUUAUCUUAUUUUUUGGUCCAUGUAUAUUCAUAUAUACACGCCCCCCAACCACUCUCCCCAUGGACAAGAUGGUAGCAGUAUUUUAUACUAUUGGCACACCCUUUCUCAACCCACUCAUCUACACACUGAGGAAUUCACAAGUGAAAAAUGCAAUGAGAAAAUUAUGGCAUAUCAAAAUUACCUCCGGAACCAAAAAAUGA